ACCUUAUACAAAAAAUGGUAGCCUUUUGCUCUUCUACUAAUUAUCCAAAUAUGAAUACUGGAUGGUCAUUUGAAGAACCACUAAUUAGCUAUAAUCAGAAAACAACGAAGACAAUAACUUCGCCGCAGUUCCAAAUUGAGACUAACAACUUGUUUGAAGGUUUACAUAUUGAUAAUAAUAUGAAUUUUCCUUCAUCUCAUCAAGAACAAUAUCACAAAGAAAGUGAGUUUGAUGUUCAGUUAGGAGAAGAGAGGUCAUUAAUGGCGAAGAAACUAAGCCAUAAUGCAAGUGAGCGUAAUCGAAGAAAGAAGAUGAAUUUUCUUUAUUCCACUCUUCGUUCUUUGCUUCCUUUUGCUGCUAAUCAUCAUCGAAAGAAAAAGCUAAGCUUUCCCGCAACAGUAUCUUAUGUGCAAGAAUACAUACCAGAGCUGAAGAAAGAAAUAGAGAGGCUAAGCAAAACAAAGGAUUUGUUGUUAUCAACUAUGUCAAAGAAAGCAGAUUCAUUAGUCCAAAUUGAUAAUCAGAGAAAAUUAAGUAUGAAUGGAACUUCUUGUGAAUCUUCAACAACAUUAAUUUCUGCAAGUCCACUUUGUCAUGGACAAGUUUUAGUACAAAUCUCCACAACUCAAGCAAAUGAUUUUCCAAUUUCAGAAGCAUUCCAAAGUUUAGAGGAAGAUGGGCUAAUUUUGCUAAAUGCCUCGUCCUUUAAAUCUUUUGGAGACAAGAUUUUUCACAGCUUGCAUUUUCAGAUGCAAGGGCCAAUAGAAAUGGAGAUUCAGAUUCUGAAGACAAAGCUUUUAGUAAUGUAUGAAAAAAACCAAAAUCAUAUAUAGUUUAGCUUAAAUUAAUUUCCAGUUGUGCUAAACAAUUGUCAACUCUUCGUUGAUGAUAAAUAAAGUUGUGCGUGGUAUCGAAUUUCCAUUAUUGCUUCUUCUUCUUUUCUCUUUUUUCCUUUUUUUUUUUGGUUAUUUUUUCUCGAUUACUUCUUAAGAAUUCCGGUAACUCUGUAUUAAAACAUCUUAAAUACUGAAGCCAUUUGAAAACAAGAACAAGAAGCCUUCAAAUAAAACAUUAAGAUGUGAGAGCCACUCCUUGCCAUAUUCAUACAAUUUUAUGAUACUCGACUAAUUUUGCUUUCGGAAUCAAAUCUACAAUUUUCUUAUAUCAUGGGCCGCAAGUUGAAAGCCCAACUUAUCUAUAAUUCAACAAUGAUAAAUUGAUAAUAUCACGUCUUUAAAACUUUUAAUUUAUA